AUGGAUAACGGCAAUAAGGAAUGUAAUUCCACACAGUUCCCAAACAUUAAAUUGGCUAAUUGUGAUGGAUUUGCACAUGGUAAUUACUCACUUCAUUUUGAAGCAACGAAUACAGACGCUGGGAUUUAUUACUGCACUAACGGUUCUACGGAUGGCCACGGAAAGGAAUUCAGACUUAUAAGUUUCAACGUAUCUGCAACCCCAGAAAACGUGAUUCAUCAAGGAGACCCGGUGAAGCUGAUGUUAGAAUCAUCCGAUGUUUCCUAUUUUCGCAAAAGAGCAUCGAACAUUUCGACCAAUCCCGUAAAAGGGGAAGGGAUUGAAAUUCACUGGUCACGAAAUAGCCAACGGAUAAUUGAAUCUUCGCGUUUCCAGUUCGAUUACAGAAGUUUAAACAUCAGCGCGUUUCGCUCGGAGGAUGAGGGGCGCUACGUCUACACUGUGAAGUUGAGCAACGGAAAGCAGGCAUUUUACAGCAUCUCACUUCAAAUAGCAGGUCAAAAUUCUACCACUGCAACACCUGGAGAAAGGACGAACACAGGUCAAAAUUCUACCACUGCAACACCUGGAGAAAGGACGAAUUCAGGUACAGAUGCUUAUGAGACCAUUGAAUUUCCGUUGAAUACAUCUUCAGAUUCAUUCAACAACUCAAAGAGAGGCUUAAUCAUUGGGGGCGUUUUGACUGGUUUGGUGGUAUUUCUUCUGACCCUGAGUCUCAUUAUUUGCUUCAUCAAGAGACAUUGCCAAUCAAAAGAGGGUCCCUACGUCAACGUACUCCCUCAAAGAAAAAGUACUGAGCCAGAUGCAGCUGAUAUGGAUUCCACUUACAUGGGUCUGAAAUUGGAGGAGCAAUCAGUAUACAGCCAACUUAAGAGCAGUCUCAUAUUUUCAGGUCGUGUUGAAGUGCUCGGCAAUGCUUUCGGCUUUCAGACCGCAUUUGUCACUGGGAAGCUGCGAGUCACCUCCAGCUUGUCUACCACGAGCAAAUGCAGAGGAGAGCUCAUCGAAAAGUAA